UUGAAGACAGUAAUACUAAGUCUCACAAGAAGCGUCCAUUUUUUUUUCUGUCGGUAACUAUUUUUGUUUAGAUGCCAGCACAGGCUGCUCCUUGCAUUUCUGGAUACUGCUUGGUGUAACUGGGGAGAGAAACUGAAGUAGCAGUAUGAAGCUGGAGUUACCAGAAUCCUUUGAGGAUGUUGCUGUUGAUUUUUCAAGAGAAGAAUGGAAGAUGCUGAGCAGAGAGGAAAAGGAGCUACAUUGGGAGGUGAUGGUGCAGAACUAUGAGCACAUGGUGUCAUUAGGCUACGACAUUGCAGUGCAGGAACUAUUUCUACUAUUUGAAAAACAUGGGGAAGUUCCAUUUAAUGUUAAUACAGAGGAAGAAGAAGAAAUGGCCUUGCAUCAUGCAUCUUCACACCCUGACGCGACCUCAAAAGUCUUUAGGUAUAGACACAGUCAGCAACCAUUAAUCCACGAUCAUUGGAGUUUUGAGUGUGGCAACAGAUUUUCAGACAAAAUGGAAACACGCCCUGGAAAAAGGAGCUGUAGAUGCAAUAUAUGUGAUAGAAGUUUUUCUUAUAAGCAAGUCCUUCAAAUGCAUCAGAGAAUUCACAUCAAUGAAAAACUAAAUUUCACUGGAAAGGUUAACCUUUUGAUACAAGAGAAAAUGUAUGCUGCCGAAAAGCCAUAUGAGCUGAUCAAAGCUGAUAAUUCUGCACUGCAGAAUAUCCUGUCAAAACAUAAAAAGAAGUUGUAUACAUGUGUUCCAUGUGACAAGAGUUUUACAUGGAAGGACCGCUUCUUAGCACAUAAGAUAAUGCAUGGUACAGAAAAGCCAUAUCGCUAUCUGACCUGUUAUAAAAGUAUUGCACAGAAGGAUUGCCUUUCAGUGCGUAAGAGAAUUUUUUCUGGAGAGAAGCCAUAUAAAUGCUCCUCUUGUGACAAAAGUUUUACACGAAAGGACCACCUGUCAACACAUGUAAAAAGGCACAGUUUAAAUCCUAAAGAGAAGCCAUAUAAAUGUACCAUAUGUGAUAAAAGUUUUUCCUGGAAGCACCGGUUUUCAGCUCAUGAAAAAACACAUACUGGAGAAAAACCAUAUAAAUGUCCAAUAUGCAAUAAGAGAUUUACACGCAAGGAUUACUACUCAGCCCAUGAAAGAAUUCACACUGGAGAGAGGCCAUAUAAAUGUAAUACAUGUGACAAGAGUUUUUCAAGGAAACACCACCUUUCUAAACACGAAAAACGGCACACUGGGGAAAAGCCAUAUCAAUGUUCCGCAUGUGAAAAAUAUUUUAGACAGAAAUAUGGACUAUCCUUGCAUGAGAAAAUCUGUCCUAAAAAUAAACAAUUUAAAUGUUCCACAAGUGAUAGCAAUGUCACAUCAAAAGAUCAACCCUCACUAGAUAAAAAUGUUCAACCUGGUGAGAAGCUUUAUGAACAUUCUACAAGUGACAAUAAUGUUAAAAGGAAGAACCCCCUCUCAAUGCAUGAAAAAAAGCAAAGUCAAAAUACUGAAGAGAAGCCGUAUAAGUGUACCAAGUGUGGAAAGACAUUUACAUGGAAACAUCGUUUCUUAGCCCAUGAAAAAAUACACACUGGAGAGAAGCCGUAUAAAUGUCCAGUUUGUGAAAAGAGUUUUGCACGAAAGGAUUGUUUCACAGAACAUGAGAGAAUUCACACUGGGGUGAAACCAUAUAAAUGUGUCACAUGUGGCAGGAGUUUUACACGGAAGCACCACCUCUCCAUGCAUGAGAGAAUGCACAAUGGAGAGAAACCUUAUGAAUGUACUAGAUGUGACAAAAAAUUUACAAGAAAGCACCACCUUUCUAACCAUGAGAAGAAGCACAUUGAAGAGAAAGGAAGUGUGAAGUGGGAGGUACAAACAAAUGCAGGUUCUGUAAUACAGAACUAGAAGCAGUUGCACGUCUUGUCUGGUUGUGAUAUACUCAUGGGAGUUUGUAUAGUGAAAGGCACCAACAAUGUUGCAAGACUAUUGCAUUGGGGUUGUGCAAAUACAACAACAUACAGGUAGCUGAAAAGCACUGGAAACAUGAACCAGAAAAGAAUUAUUGAAAAAAAAGUAAUGAUCACAUGGGCUCAUCCAAUAUCGGCAGUAAAAAGUAGAAGCAAGAAAAACAGAUAUAGUAGUAAAAAAAUGGCAAAAGUAUCAUUAAUCAUUGAAAUAGGUACACAUAAUGAUUUGUAUGGUCCUGCAUACUGACAGACACGUCUCCAUAAAAUGUAAUGAAAUGCAAACUAAAACAAGAUUGGAUAAAGACGUCCAGAUGGUUCCAGUAGUACAAGCAUCAGGGCUAAUAGAAAAGAAUUUUCAAGCAUACUUGAACAUAACUGAGCAAUUUUGGUUACUUUGCAGGUGCUGAGAAGAGCAGUCUAGGCAAACAUUAAAAACUGAAGCAAUAUUAAUUUUUUGAACCCUAAUCAAAACCUGACUCAUGAAUGGGGUCCAUUUUUGUUGCAGUAUCAAAGACUCACAACAUUUGAAAAAAUUAAAAAAAGAAAGAGACGAGAAUGAUUAACAAAUUAAAGAAUGCUGUGUACCAUAACUCUUAAAAUUUAGUUAUUCCCAGACUCAAGAAUCAGGACCCAUUCUCACCCUGGCAUUAACAAAUCUCAAAAACUCGCAACCGUUGGCAAAAUGUGAUUCAGGAGAAGUUGUAUUAAUGCAUCACAGCUGUCAAGUUUUAAAUAAAAGGAUGACCUCUAAACCCAAGACAGAUUGUGCCUUGGUGUGGAUGGAGAGGUGAAAUAGUGCAAAAAAGAAAGGGAAGUGAUUGCACACUAAUGCAUACCUUCAUUUGGUGGUCCAUCCUAAAUUCUUUCAAGUAACAUUGAAUAUAAACUGUGUUUUAAACGGUCAUGCAGCAAAUAAAAAAGAAAGGCUGCAUGCUAUAUAUUCAUGUCCCCAGAUAAAAAUGUGCCCAGGAAGGGUCGAAUUGCUCUGGCUAAAUAUACAGAAAAAGAAUGUGGCAGCAUGAGCAACUGAUGUCAGCUCUGUAACAGUAUCAUCCUGGGCACAUGCUGCAUCCAGUAAUUAAGGGAAAGCUGCACUCCACAAAAUUCGGCAUUCAACAAAAUGGAAAUUUCCAGAAAACUCUCUAUGGGGAAAAAGUUAGAGUGAAAAGGGGUAAUUGGUGCAGAAGGUCAUAGAUGUUUUUCUUGGAGAAAACAGCUUCAGGAGACAGUUUAAAGGAGAAAGACCAAACAUCAAAAGAUAUAGAGAAUUAACAAAAUAUGAAUAUUUUGAUAUUGUCUAAUAUGUAUGCAGAAAAGAAGACAAUAGUGAAUUUGUUUUUCUUUCUUUGAGCAUCCAGCUGAAAAGACAAGGCUGUGAGAUGCAGUUCUAUAAAAAGUUAAACAGAUUUUAUUUUUUGGCUGAUGUACCUGUAGAAGACUCCUGCAGAUUAAAAAAAUCUAGAAUGGUUUAGAAUAGGCUUCAUUUACAGAACAUGAAAUGGUGAUGUCUGUUUAAUAUUUCUAUUUACUUCAGAAAUUUUUAAUGGAAUUAUCUUGAGGGACAUACAACUUUUGACUCUAUGUAGCUUACAUAAAUAUCUUAUUUGAAUUUUGCUGUAUACACAAAAUGUAACCUUACAAAAAUAUGCACUAUCUUUUAACAAAAACAUUGUUCUGUUUAUGAAACAUAAACACACGCACUUUAAAAUAUUAAACAUGGAAAUAAAAUUCAGACUUUUUAAAGAGAAAUUAAGUAUGCAUCAUAAGUCUACUAUUUGAAUUGUACUUGCUGUUUGCCAAGUGUAUCACAGCCAUGUACAGAAGCCUCCUACAAAAAAAAAAUGGAUUUUCAGCCAGUAGCCCCACAGUAUUGUUAAUCAUCCAUACAUAUGCAGUAUUUUUACUUCUGUCUUCAUUUAUGAGCAUCGACUCAAUGACAAAACCAUUGAAGAAGAGCAUUUUGUAUUUUAUGCAAAACAAAGAUGGAAACAAAUAAGGUGUAUUCUAAAAUAAGCAAUGUGCUAAUGCCUCAUAGUAACUAGUAUAAAAUCUUUCUUACACCUUAGGAGUGAGUGAAGAGCUUGAUGCACACUUUGUCCCAUUAGCUAAAAUUUGUGUAAAAGGUUACAAAAGUCAAAUUUUCAUUUCUAAUUUGUAUUACAAGAAGAAGGAAAGAUGAAUUUUGAAGACUUGUACUCUGUCACUCGUUAAUGGACAUUAAAGCUUUAUGAUUACUGAUGUGAA